ACAGAAGACCAACUGAUGAAACUCAGUCAUCUGCGACACAGAACGCAAUAGGUCUUUUUCUGCUGUAAGACUUCAUGACUGAUUAGAUUGGACUUUAUGGACUAACCUAAAAAACAUUUAACAGGGAAAAUGAGCUUAAAUUCAAUUUCAGAUUAUCUGGAUGACAUAACGAGUUCUCGAAGAAGGCCGAAAAAUCAAGAAUAUGUCAAAUUACCUACUCAUGACAAUGGUUUUGUGGAUGCCCAAUUUCAAAUUCCGGCGCAACAGAUACCAUGGAAAUCGAUCAUGCUGGCCAGCCUCUUACUAAUUGUAGGUACUAGUUUGUUGAUAUUUGGUUCAUUAGUACUGAGUGGAAAAGUAACACUACAGUAUCCAGACAGGAUGUGGCCCAUGAUUAUUUUGGGGAUCCUCAUGUUCAUUCCGGGCGCCUACCACGUUAGAAUAGCGUAUUAUGCUUAUAAGGAAGUUCCAGGGUUUUCUUUUGAUGACAUACCCGAAUUUGACUGAUUACAAAAUUUAUUAAAAUUGUGCAAGAUUUUAGAGCUGCCUAUGGCUUUAAAUAUGAUAUAGUUUUAAUUGUAGAAAAAAAAUAUUUUUAGUUUGAGAACAUUGAUAUUAAAGUAAAUUUAAUUAAAUUUCACUACACAAUUGUGUAAAUUAGGAGUUAAUUUGUAAACUGCAAGAUUGUGCCUAUCUAGUCAAAUACAUUUUUUUAUA